CUGACUGUUUUUGCUUACAGGUCAGAGCGGCCUGGGAAAGUCUACUCUGAUGAACACGCUGUUCAAGUCUAAAGUCAGCCGUAAGUCUGUGCUGGCGACGGCCCAGGAGAAGAUCCCCAAAACCAUCGAAAUAAAGUCCAUCAGUCAUGAUAUCGAGGAGAAGGGAGUGAGAAUGAAGCUGACAGUCAUUGACACACCGGGCUUUGGAGACCAGAUCAACAAUGAGAACUGCUGGCAGCCCAUCAUGAAGUUCAUUAAUGACCAGUACGAGGCGUACCUGCAGGAGGAGAUCAACAUCAACAGGAAGAAAAGGAUUCCAGACUCCAGAGUCCACUGCUGCAUAUACUUCAUCCCCCCGACCGGACACUGUCUGCGGCCUCUUGAUGUAGAAUUCAUGAGACGUCUCAGUAAGGUGGUCAACAUUGUCCCAGUCAUUGCCAAGGCGGACACGCUCACCCUGGAGGAGAGGGACUUCUUCAAAAAGAAGAUCAGGGAAGAGCUGCGAGCCAACGGGAUCGACGUGUACCCUCAGAAAGAAUUUGACGAGGAUGCCGAGGACAGAAUAAUCAACGAGAAGAUCAGGGAGAUGAUCCCAUUUGCUGUGGUGGGCAGCGACCAGGAGUACCAGGUCAAUGGCAGGAGGCUGCUGGGGAGGAAAACCAAGUGGGGAACCAUUGAAGUUGAGAACAUAGCCCACUGUGAGUUUGCCUAUUUACGGGAUCUCCUCAUCAGGACCCAUAUGCAGAACAUUAAGGACAUCACCAGCAGCAUCCACUACGAAAUGUAUCGCGUGAGGCGCCUCAAUGAGAAUAACACGGUGGUGGCUCAUGCCAACGGUAUCCCAGAACAUCAUCUUGCCGCCCACGAGAUGUAGACGCCACCUGCCCCCGCUGCAGUUGACCUCAACUGGGUGUAACUCAUUUGCUAUGAGACUUUGAAUCUUCAUUGACAGUCUUCCCACCACUCCAGCCCUCCACUCCAUCCACCCCCAUCUCACAGGUGGGAUAGAAACUUAAAAGCCUGCCAGAGGGACUUUAUUUUCAAUGACUUUCGGCAGCCGAACAGACCGCUCAUGUCAGUAUAUUGCCUCAUUAACAAACUCUAUCCUCUCACUACCGCUGUCAAAGGAGAAGUUUGAUUCUUUGUAACGUGCUGCAGCUUGAUUUUUACCUGCUUCCAGAUCUUACAGUUAACCUUUGCGGUUUUUACUUGGGGUGCCAAAGAUUAGGCAUCUGUCGAACUAGAACGGACUGACGCUCAAUAUCCGUCAGCGUCAGAAUCGCCUUACUCAGUAACAUGUUAAUCUCGUCCACUUUUACUUUAAGUUUGAUGUUUUUUAGCAGUGCUUAUAAGAAUUCAUACCUAACAGAAGCACCGUUUUCUGUCUUUAUGCACGCCGCUGUAUCAACGUAUGUGGGAAGUGAUGAUAUUCAUUAUUGCACUUGAUCACUACGUAGUCUGUCAUUGACAAGCGUGAUGGAAAAGUUGCCGGGCAGCACUUUUCCAACACGUGACGCACAUACAGUCACACCGGUCUGUCUGUGUGAUGCAGCGUCAUUCAGCUCUCUCCUCAUAGUCAAACAAGAAAAGGUUAUCAAAUAAGCACAUCGUAUGUUUGAGUUUAUCUUUUUUUUUUGUCACAAGCUGUGUUUCGCUUUAGCUGUUAAAUGUUCAUGUCAUGUUAAAUAUAGAUGUUAGGCCCUUGACAUCUUUUUUUAAAUUCCCAAUAAUAAAUGUCAUUGUUUAUUAAUAGAAAUAUCUUAAGAGUGAUUUAAGAUGAAAAAGUAUUUAUGCACGGUAUAAAAUGUGAAAGUUUGUCCUUAGUUGUGGGCCACUUCUUCAGAUUACCCACCCACACACAAACACACACACACACACACAUACCUUUUACUGCUUUAGGGCCCAUCAUAGUGCCUUAUUUAUUGGAGAAUGUUUGCUAGCACGUUGGCUGAAACUGGAAAGAGAGCAGGUUUGUUGGUGCCAAGUCGAGCUACAUUUAGAUAUUUUUCAACCCUUUUCCCUCGUUUAUCUGGAAAAGAAAUCUAGUUUUCAAUUGACCAGUCCACUUUUCCUCUAUUUUCCAUAAUAUACCAAGGAUCUGUUUGAACCAUAUAUAAUUCCCUAAGCUGUCACUGUCAUGCUCUGUCCUGUAUAUUCUUCUGUGUUCUGAUGCAUUUUUUGUACUUGUAUUAAGAUAAUAACAAAUUUUUCCUUUUAUCUUAUUUUAAAGAAAUAAAGAUUAAAGUUGUAAAUAUA